AUGGGAUCAUUGCCCCGCUUGUCGGUCGUGACCGGUGCUAGGGUACCAGUGCCAGCCGCUCCUCUCACCAAGCACUUGGAGAGUUUGACUGGAAGAGAUGCCACGGCUUUGGUCUUUUCGGAUGAAACUGGUAGCGUUCGCGUCAGCUAUGCAGAGCUCCAAGCCCGCACCAACGCACUGGGCAGAGCUAUUGCAGCGCACGCAAGACCCAUCGGGCCGAACAGAGAUGGAGACUUCAUAAUCGCCGUGUGUAUGCAGCCUACACAUAACACUAUAAUGGCUUUGUUAGCCACAUGGAAGGCCGGAGCAGCUUACGUGCCUAUGGAACCUAAUUUUCCUCAAGCGAGGAUCACACACAUACUGAAAGACGCUGAGCCAUCUCUCGUUAUUUAUGAUAACACUGCAAAUCCUGCAAUGUUCUCCGGCAGUGGAGUACCAGCGAUAUCCUUCGAAGAGUUAUCUUCAGAAGCCAGUGGCUUACCAGGCGACAAGCCAAGUGACAUGGAGAUACUGCUGCAGCCUACUGCUAACAGCAUUGCUAUUGUCCUAUACACUUCAGGGAGCACCGGCAUCCCAAAAGGCGUCCGUCUUCCAUACUCUGCAAUUUGCAACCGCCUCUGGUGGCAGUUCCACACAUUUCCUUACUCCAAAACAGAGAGGACUUGCGUGUGGAAGACUACGCUGACCUUUGUCGACUCAGUCUGUGAGAUAUGGGGACCUUUAUUGCAUGGAAGGACACUGUUGAUCCUCCCGCGGGAGACCACAAGAGACCCGCAGAAGUUGGUGCGGGUACUAGCUGAGAAUGAGGUGCAGCGAUUACUGCUGGUGCCUACAUUACUUCGCUCCAUACUAAUGUAUCUUUCAUUAAAUCCUGGCGAGAGGCUUUUGCAGCGUCUUAAGCUUUGGGUCUGUUCUGGUGAGGCGUUAGGCAAGGACCUCGCAGCGCAGUUCUUCCAAUAUUUUGGCGAUAACGACGGUUACAAAUUGGCUAACUUCUAUGGAAGCACGGAGGUCAUGGGCGAUGUGACGUUCUACGUUCUAGAAAGAUCCGAGCAACUAAAUAUUCAUCCCACCAUUCCAAUCGGAAAGCCCGUAGAUAAUUGUGUAAUAUAUCUUCUGGAUGAGGAAAUGAACCCAGUCCGUGAAGCAGAACCAGGUGAAGUGUGGGUUGCGGGAAGCAAUCUCGCCUUGGGCUACGUCGGAGGACAGGCGCCAGAGAAGUUCUGCGAUAAUCCGCACGCUUCUCAUCCAGAUUUCGGUCGACUCUACCGUACAGGAGAUUUCGGAGUACUAAAUAAGGGAGUGGUCUUGUAUGCGGGAAGAACAGAUUCGCAAGUUAAAAUAAGAGGCCACAGAGUUGAUUUGCAGGAAGUAGAGAGAGCAGUUUCUGCUGUUGAGGGAGUUGAGAAAGGCGUCGUCCUUUGCUACGGGCUCGAUCAUGGCAACCCAGAAAUCCUAGCUUUUGUUACUUUAAAACCUGAAGCGAGACUGGCAGCCCAACAUAUUGAGGCGGCGUUGAAAAAUACAUUGACACAUUAUAUGUUACCACAGGUAAUUGUCAUAGAGAAUAUUCCUCAAUUGGUAAACGGUAAAGUGGACAGGCAAGCGCUGCUGAAAAUGUACGAGAAUACGAAUAACAACGAUGACUCAGAGAUAUCUCUGGAUAUAGACUACACAGGAGUGGAACCAGAGCAUAUGGAGGCAGCUAAAGCCCUCUUCGAAACAGUUGGCGAAGUACUAGGGAGGGCUGCGAGAGGAACCCUAUCAGUGAGGUCCGGAUUCUACGAGCUCGGUGGAAAUUCACUCAACUCAAUAUACACUAUAACCAGGUUGAGGGAUAGGGGAUACUAUAUCGAAAUCAGCGACUUCCUUGGUGCUGCGAAUCUUGGAGAUGUUUUGUCUCACUUGAGCAACGGUCCGGACGACGCCACUGAGAACCACGAGAGCAAGUUUAAAGCUGUACCAAUGAGAGAAGAUCAUGAACAGCAAGUUAUUGAUAUGAUAGUGUCGUCGUUCUAUGAGAAAGCCGAACUGGAGCAGUUCUUGAAGCACGAGAUCGCGAAGGACGACUACGCGCUCUGCGUAAGAGCCUGCUGGUCUGCACUGUUGCAAGCGAGACUUAGCGUUGUUCUAGAAGAUCUUUCCGGAACACCAGUGGCCGUAGCGUUGAAUUUUGACGCACGGGACGAGCCGGAGAUUGAACUGAAAGGAGGUCUAGCCAAAAUCAUGGGCUUUCUUGAAUUUGUUGAAAGUUCUGUGAGGGACACCAUGUUGCCUGAAGGAAAGGGAACAAUCCUGCACUCAUUUAUGAUGGCAACUGCAGCGUCAUUGAGUCCUCGGGACAAUGUUGCAGCUAUACGGGCUUUGGAACACGCAACAAUGAGGAUCGCACGUGAUAGGAGAUUUCACGGAGUUUUUACCACCAACACAAGUCCACUGACGCAGCAACUAGGCACCGACGUCCUUGGCUUCCAAACUCUGCUGGACUAUCAAAUAAACGAGUACAUCGACCCCAAUGGGGACAGGAUCUUUGGCAAAGCUUCCGACGAUAUGAGAGUUAUUGUUUGUUGGAAACCCAUAGAAUAA